AUGUUCUUCGCCCCUCGAAAAUCUGCUACAAACGCUAGUCAACUCCGUGCAUCGACUCGAAUUUCAAACCUCGAAGGGAAUCGAAAACUCGAUGAGAGUGCACGAAAAAACAGAAGGACAAGACAGUUGGAUGGGUUAGAGCAGGACAACUCACAUGAUGAUCCACAUGCAAAUAUUAUAUGGAACAAGGCAGCACCAAAGUUUGGAGAUGAAAUGAUAGGUGGAUCAGCUAAAAAACCAAAAAAGACCAAAGAUGAUAAACCAGGACCCAGUGUACAUGGAGAUAAAGCUCGUCGAAGGAAAUUGGCUCGCCCGGAAUUCAACAAGCAGCGAUUCAAAAAAUCAUUUAAUGCGCACGUCACUGAACAAACGAAAGCUAUUUCCAGUUCAACUGAUGCGGAUUAUCGAAGAAUCAAUGCGUAUUUUCUGAGCACUGCUCCGCCGUCCUGUAAACCACCACGAAAAUUCUGUGCAGCUUGUGGUAAAACAUCGAAUUAUUGCUGUACUCGUUGUGGCGCCAAAUACUGCGGUAUCAAAUGUCGGGACGUUCACAAUGACACCAGAUGCAUGAAAUGGCUUGCCUAA